ACACACACACACACCCCAGAAAAACAUUUGGUGUGAAGGAGGGGAUAUGCAGGUGGUGUGUGUGUGUGUGUGUGUGUGUGUGUGUGUCCAUAUUAUAAGGAAGGAACUCAGCAAACUGGCUGUGGAAACAUUCAUCACACAGUGUUAAGAUUCAGCUGAAGAGAACCAGGAUGGCAAGUGACAUGGAACGGAAAACCGUUUUCUACACCACGAAGGUCCGGACGGCUCUGCGUAACGACAGCAGCUGGAUCCGUCAGAGCUCCGAGGAGCCGAAGGAUCCACAGCCACCUCUGAUCUACAGGUCCAGUAGCCCCACCCCUCAGAGCCCCACCCCUCAGAGCCCCACCCCUCAGAGCCCCACCCCUCAGAGCCCUGUCUCUGGCCAGGACGUGUCUCCAGGAUGGAGAAGGGGCGGCUCGUACGUGGUCUCAGCAUGGAGGAAGUGUGACAUCAACCUUGAGGGUACAUCUGGAUUAACACAGAUCGAACCAACACUGAAACCUGUGGAAAAGACACCUGAAAUUGUGGCACCUAAAGUUAACGCACCUGUUGUGGAAACAGCAGCAGCUGAAUCACCUGGAUUUGAAACACUUCAGUCUGAGGCAUCUGGAGCUGAAAUGUUUGUGGCCUGUGGACUCGAGCAGCCUGUGUGUGAAGGAGCAGUGAGAGAGACCCCUGAAGCACUUGGGUCUGUCUCUUCAGCAGCUCUGCUCAGCAGCUCUCCUCAGACUCACGAUGAUGUGAAGGUGCUGUGUUCCUUCUGUACCAAACUUGUGGAAAGUAACGUGAAGAUUUCAGUGAACAUUCCUCCAAUCACCUGCCAUGUGGACUGUUUUCAGUGUGCUGCAUGUGCUAAACUGCUCGGUGACUUGAUGUCCUCCAUGUUCCACCAUCAUGGGAAGAUUUACUGUGAGAAAUGUUUUGAUCUCGUGUUCUCCGUGUAAACCUUCAGCAUAUUAACGAUGUGUUCUGUUUCUUCCAUUUCCUCAGUGCACUGAUACAGAAGUGCAACGUGUGUGUGUUAAUCUUUAUUUUAGUUUGUUUAUGUGCUUCGUUUCCUUUUUAAUUUUCAUUUAAAGAUUGACAUAAAAGUGUGAAAAUAUUUCGUGUUAAAUAAACCAACAAAAGUUUCA